GCUAACUAGUUAGCAGAGAGCAGUAGUGCAGAGAUAUUGAUAGCCACAAUACUACUACUACUAUCCUCCAAUAUUUCUUAUCUUCUUCCCAUCAAAAUUACCAAAAACAUAAUCUCCUUUCAUCAUUUAUCAUCUAAAAAAACCUGUUGAUCUUUUUUUUCUUAAGAUCAACUGGUAAUGUGAAAUAACUGCUCUUUAUCCUAGAGAGAGAGAGAGAGAAAGUUGAGUUUGAUAAGAUAGACUCAAACAUAGAGCUAGAAAUGGAUUUCGAUGACGAUGAUGAUCAAGAAGAAGAGCUAGAAGACGAAGAAAUGGGCAUGCCAACACCACUAUCUAGACCCAAAGUUGUUAACAGUAGUAACUUGGGAAGUGCUGUUGGUACUGUUGCUGGAGGAGGUGACACCUCAGUUGGCGGUGGAGGGUUAGUAAGAAAACUAAGUGGUGGCAAUAAUGGAGGUGCAUCAAGUAGCUCGAUGCUGAUGCCUUGUAGUAAUAUAAGAUACAGAGAAUGCUUAAAGAAUCAUGCAAUUGGUGUUGGUGGACAUGCAGUAGAUGGAUGCGGUGAGUUUAUGCCGGCAGGAGAUGAUGGAACUCUAGAUGCACUCAAAUGUGCUGCUUGUAAUUGUCACCGCAACUUUCAUCGUAAAGAAGUUACUGAAGGUGGGGGUAACGAAGCCGCUUCGAGCAGUUUGCAUCACCACCAUCAUCAUCCGCAUCCACAUCAUCAUCAACAUCAUCCAUUUACUCCUCAGUAUUACAGGCCACCAGGUAAUUACAUACCGAUUGUUACACCACAUAGCAGACCACUAGCUCUGCCUUCAACUUCCGGGGGAGGAGGACAUAGUAUUGAUAUGCAAGAUGAUGAUGUUUCUAACCCUAGUGGGGGUGGGGGAAUGGGAGGUGGAAGCUCUUCAAGUAAGAAACGGUUUAGAACUAAGUUUACACAGGAACAAAAAGAUAAAAUGUUAGGUUUUUCAGAGAGAUUAGGGUGGAGAAUACAGAAACACGAUGAAGCUGCGGUUCAGCAGUUCUGUAAUGAGCUUUGUAUCAAGAGACAAGUCCUCAAGGUCUGGAUGCAUAACAACAAGCACACCCUUGGUAAGAAACCCUAGUUGAUUAAGCUAAGUAGCUAGCAUUUUUAUCUCUCUGAUUCCAAAUCCCAACUCUACUAAUAAUUGAGUAGUGAUGAUGAUCAUAAUAUUGCUUGCUUAAUUCUUCUUCUUCUUCUUCUUCUAAGCUAGAUAGGCUAGCUAGUGAGUAUGCAUCAAGGUAGACAGUAAGUUUAUAGGACUGCUUUCAACUGCAUUGCACCCCACCCUGUAAACUACAUAAAUGGUCGGAUUAUUAUUGCGUACAAACUGAUAUCAUGGCUGCUGGAAGGUGGUUAAUAUAUGCUCCUGCAUCAUGGUGAUCAUAUCAAGGGAUCUUUCCACGAUCGAUCAUAGUUAGGUUUUGCUUUCUGUUAAUUUCUAGCUCUAUGGAGGUUCAUUAGUUUCUGUUUGUUUUUCUAAUUUGUAUUGUUCAAUGAAUUAGUAUUUGAUUAGCGGUGGUGUUGUUGGAUGUUUGUUGUAAUAAUUCUUAACAUGCACUGCGUAGAUCAAUUAGUUAAUUAAUUAUUAUUAA